CUCCCUCCGUUCUCCUGUAUUUGUCCACUUUCAUUUUUACACACCAUCCAAUGCACUUCUUUAAUCCAUUUUAUCUUAUAAUUUGUAUAUUAAAAAAUUAUAAAAAUUAUAUAUUAAUAAUCUAUAUGUUAAGACAAAUCAAACAAGAUCACACAUGACUAUAUUUAGGCUUACACAUUGAGAGAAUUUGAUGAGUCAAAGUGCUUAGAUGAACAGUUCCAAAAAAUAAGAAAAAAUAAGUUGAACUGAGAGGGUCCCUCCAUUAGACAUUUAGACAUAACCAGCUGUGCAAGAAUGGUCUAGCGGUGCUAGCACGAAAAUGGCCGGUGAUGCGAUGGAGCUUUACGAGCUAACCUACUCGGAUCUCUUACUAUUCACUGCCAACGAGGUCGUAGAAUCGGCCGAUGAAUCUCAACGAAUGGAAUCUGUAGGCCGAAUGGUGGUGGAAACCCUAGGUCCAAACGGGCCGGGCCUGCUUGCCGUCACCGAAGUCCCCGGAGCUGCAACUUUCCGUCGAAAUUUACUUCCUUUGUCCCGCAAGCUCGCACUUCUCAACAAUGAAGAUCGUAAAAAGCUUCUCAAGGAACAUGAAUUGGGAAGUGAUGUUCCAUUGAAAAAUUUAGAGAGGGUUGUGUCAUCAUUUGCGAAGAAUCUGAAGUAUGACAAAAGGUUUGAGAGUAAUUCUUCGUGCGAAAGAAAUCAGCUUGGAGUAGUUAGAGGAGAUGAAUCUUUUGAGGCUGAUUGUGUGUUAUUCAAGAAUUUAGGAGAUCUCUUCAAUGGCCUAGGGUACUGCAUGAUGGAAGUAGGGCUUCAUCUUGCACAAAUCUGUGAUAAAUUCAUUGGAGGACACGAGCUCCAGCAGAGCUUAUUGGAAUCGGGCACUGCAAAGGGGCGGCUUAUCCAUUACCAUUCAACAAUUGACAAUGAAAUCAUCAAAGAAGCUGCUAACAGAAGAGUGAAGAAGGGAUCUAAAACUAAGAAUCAAAUAAAAAGGAACAAGAAAAUGGAUUCUAAACGGUUUGGAAGUGAGAGCUGUGAUGAGAAGUUGAGUGACUCUACCAUGUGGCAGCAGUGGCAUUAUGACUACGGCAUAUUCACUAUGUUGACUGUGCCAAUGUUUUUGUUGUCAUCUAACUGUAAAGGGAUAACUGAAGAAAGUGAGGAUUCGUGUGUGCCUUGUGAUCAAGAAACCCCUUCCCCGAGUGGACACACGUAUUUGCAAAUUUUUCAUGCCAAUAAAGAUCAGACAUUCAUGGUGAAGGCACCUCCAGAGAGUUUGAUUGUGCAGGUUGGGGAAGCGGCUGAUUUACUGUCCAUGGGGAAGCUCCGAGCAACACUUCACCGCGUAUGCAGACCUCCGAAACCUAACAACUUGAGCAGGGAAACAUUUGUAGUUUUCUUGCAGCCUGCAUGGAACAAAACAUUCUCUCUAUCGCAGUAUCCUCUUGAGCACUUACACCUAAAUGAUCAAAGGAGCAGGCUUUGUACCAAGGACUUGCCCAAAGGGGAGAAGGAAUCGGAUAAACUAAGUCAAAUGAUCCGUAGUAUCGUUCCAUCACUUUCAUCUAGGCUAAGAGAUGGGAUGACAUUUGCCGAUUUCUCUCGGGCAACUACUAAUCAAUACUAUGGCAGUAAAGGCUUGCAAUCAAAUGGACCGCUUAAUGGUAUUGCUUCUUAAUAUAAUCAAUUUUAUCCCCUAUGGUGCAUUAUAUGAGCCAAUAAUUCAAGAUGGAAAGCACAUAUUGGGUCAUCUGUCUCCAACAGAUAUUGUCUAUUGCUUACUGAGAGUACAUACUUCUUGAUGAGGUGAUGACUAGAGGGAAAGGAUUUGUUGGAGGUUUUUCAUGAAGUGGAUUUUUCUUUUAUAGAGAAGUUUUUCAAUCUGUGGGCAUAUCAAAUAACAAAACUAGGAAGUAGGCAUUGUAAUAGAAAGAACAUGUUUAUUUUAUAAGAUUAGGAGUCUAGGGCAAAUGAGGGUGGAAGUGUGGAACUCACAAGAAAGAAGGAUUUGAAAA